AUGUCUGUCAAUCCAACGAACGGCAAGCGCACUUUCAUCGCCUGGUGUCCCGAUUACACGGAUGAGGGCGCGUUCGCUCGGCGUAUGUCUGUGCGGCCCUUGCACCUCGAGGGCAUCCAUAAGCACGUAGCCGCCGGCUACUUCAAGUUUGGUGCCUACACGCUUACCGCUGAUUCCAUCGGCAAGCCCGUCGAGGAUCAGGUUAUCAAUGGAUCGAACAUGGUCUUCCUGGCGGAGAGUAUUGAAGAGGUGUGGGGGUACGUCAAGGCAGAUCCUUACUGGGAGAACAACGUCUGGGACAAGGAGAAGGUUGUCGUUUUGCCUGUCGUGAUACCUGUUCAGUCGUCGUGA